AAGCUGGCGGGGCGGGGUGGGGCGGGCUCGCAGAUCGGGGACCAUGGACCGGGAAGACAAGUGGCCGACGCUCGCAAUCUCCUACAAGGGGAAUCUUAUUGGAACUCUACUCGCCAUCUUUGGAAACCUGAUCAUCAGCAUCUCCCUGAAUAUACAGAAGUACAGUCACGUCAAGUUAUCAGGCACCAAAGAUCCUCGAUCAUACUUUCGGACGAAAACAUGGUGGUUUGGACUGGCACUCAUGUUGCUGGGCGAAUUAGGAAUCUUCACUGCAUAUGCUUAUGCCCCACUAUCGCUGAUCACACCCCUCAGUGCUGUCUCCAUUGUCGCCAGCUCAAUUAUAGGAAUCAUAUUCCUAAGGGACAAGUGGAAACCCAAGGAAUUUUUACGAAAUUACAUAAUAUCAUUCCUCGGAUGUGGGUUCACAGUGGUUGGAAUCUACCUCCUGGUCACAUUUGGACCAAACACUCAUGAGAAGCUUACUGGGAGGAACGUUGUUUCACACUUGCUGGGGUGGCCCUUCCUAUUGUAUCUGUUGGUGAUGAUUAUCCUGUUCUGCCUUCUCCUAUAUUUCUACAAAAUACGAAAGAUGGCCUAUCUUGUUGUUAUUCUUCUACUGGAAGCCCUGCUAGGUUCAGUGACUGUUGUUGCAGCAAAGGGUGUAUCGGGGAUGAUUGUCCUAUCGAUCCAGGGGAAUCUACAGCUGAUUUAUCCUAUAUUCUAUGUUAUGUUCGUAGUUAUGGUUGCCACUGCAAUCUUUCAAGCAACGUUCCUGCGUGAUGUUUCUGAGCUGUAUGAUCCAUCCCAGAUUACUAGCGUCAGCUACAUUUUUUCCACAACCAUUACUGUCAUUGCUGGGGCCACGUUUUAUUUAGAGUUCAAUGGUUCGGAUGCUCUUCACAUCUGCAUGUUCAUCCUCGGGUCCUGCAUCGCCUUUCUAGGAGUUUUUUUGAUUACACGGAGCAAGAAGAAGGCCUUUGAACCAUACAUCGACAUGGAUGUGUUUCCAGGGCUCAGGAGCAUGUUCAUUAAGAGUCCAGUGCAGCCGGAACUGAGUGGCUCUUUCUCCUAUGGCACCCUGGAGCACAGCACCAAUCCAAUCGACAACGAGUAUACAGACCCACAACGUGAAGUUAGUUCCUCUCACCCAGUGAUUGCGUCCAAACAAGACUGAGCUCUCAGCCUGAGGAGGACGAACUCCGCCCAUCUGAGCUGCCCUCAAAUUCCCUCCUUGGACUCCCCGUCCUGUGACUGAAGCAACAGUGAGAUCGACUGAAAGGACCCCCGCUGUCCGACAAGCUCCCAUUCUUUCCUCUCUACUUGCUGAGAUCCGUGGGAGAAACCAAACAUGUCGCAGAAUAAUGAAGCUACGCACGACUCCUGCUCCAUUCCACACGAUGAAUUACUUGUUGCACUUCUGAUAGCCAAUCACUCACUCGCCUGAUCUACCCCUGCAUUCCCUGUGUCUGGUAACCACGGACUUCUCUGUGGUUAAAAUCCCUUAUUUAAUGACUGUGUGUAUUUGCUGUAUAGUAAAACUCUGGUAGUGAGGUGCCCUUGGGACUUAAGUGGUGCUAGACUGACAAACUUACUUUUCUAGUAUUAUUUCCACACCACAACUGUAAAAGGUUCCCCAGUGAGCCAGUUAAGUUUACAAGCACUAAAACAGGACUCCAGCCAAAUUAAAGUGAGUAUGGGAAUCAGGCCCUGGCAAUCCAGAAGGGAAAUGACACUGGGGUCUGAGAUGGGAGUGUGGGAACUGAGAGUGAGAUGGGAGUGUGGGAACUGGGGCUCUGGAGGGUGAGAUGGGAGUGUGGGAACUGAGAGUGAGAUGGGAGUGUGGGAACUGGGGCUCUGGAGAGUGAGAUGGGAGUGUGGGAACUGGGGCUCUGGAGAGUGAGAUGGGAGUGUGGGAACUGGGGCUCUGGAGGGUGAGAUGGGAGUGUGGGAACUGGGGCUCUGGAGGGUGAGAUGGGAGUGUGGGAACUGGGGCUCUGGAGAGUGAGAUGGGAGUGUGGGAACUGGGGCUCUGGAGAGUGAGAUGGGAUUGUGGGAACUGGGGCUCUGGAGAGAGAGAUGGGAGUGUGGGAACUGAGAGUGAGAUGGGAGUGUGGGAACUGAGAGUGAGAUGGGAGUGUGGGAACUGAGAGUGAGAUGGGAGUGUGGGAACUGAGAGUGAGAUGGGAGUGUGGGAACUGAGAGUGAGAUGGGAGUGUGGGAACUGGGGCUCUGGAGAGUGAGAUGGGAGUGUGGGAACUGAGAGUGAGAUGGGAGUGUGGGAACUGAGAGUGAGAUGGGAGUGUGGGAACUGGGGCUCUGGAGAGUGAGAUGGGAGUGUGGGAACUGGGGCUCUGGUGUGUGGAAAGGAGCACAGGAGCUGGGUCCCAGCAGGUCAGAGCACGUGGGAACUGGAACCAAUGAAUGGGAAUGCGUGAAAUGAGCAAAUUGGAAGGGUGUGAAGCAAACAUUACUUGGUGAGCCAGAUGCCCAACGAUCAAGAAAUCUGAAUGAUCACUGGGCAGAAUUUGAGGGUUUUACUGUAUGCUGAAUUCCAUAGUUUAAAAUAUUUGUUAUCUCUAUUUAAAUAAACACUGGUAUGUUAUUUUCUGCUGGACAGUAAACAUUUCCUCCAUACGGAUAAGUAAAGGAGAGAAAUAACUGGUCAAUAAAGAUUGUAUUUAUAUAUCA